CGCUACGCGCUAUACUCAAUACUUGGUAUUCGAAUAACCUCUUUAAAUUUCCCUUCAACUUAGGUUUUUCUCCCAAAACUUCAUCUUCCUAUAAAACAUGCUAUGAAAGAGUGAAGACAUAGCUACAUUUGGUGCAUUAAUAACAUCAUGAAGAAAACUCAAACACAAACACAAACCACACAAACCCUUCUUCUAGUUACAAUCUUUCUAUGUUUAACCUUAAACACACUCUCCCUCUCAACUCUCACAAUUAAUGACCAAUCUCUUACCUUCGAAAAUGACCGUCUCCGAAACGCUUACAUUGCGUUACAAGCUUGGAAACAAGCCAUUCUCUCUGAUCCACAGAACUUCACUACCAACUGGGUUGGAGCCAAUGUAUGCAGCUACACCGGUAUUUACUGUGCUCAAGCACCAGACAACCCUAAAAUACGCACAGUCGCCGGUAUUGAUCUCAACGACGCCGACAUUGCCGCUCAUUUACCCGAUGAGCUUGGACUCUUACAAGAUCUCGCACUUUUUCAUACAAACUCUAACAGAUUAUGUGGCACAGUUCCUCACACGUUUGAGAAACUGAAACUUCUGUUCGAAUUGGAUCUCAGUAACAACAGAUUCGCCGGGAAGUUUCCGGAAGUUGUGUUCCGUCUUCCCGGCCUUAAAUAUUUGGAUUUAAGGUUCAAUGAGUUUGAAGGAACUGUUCCUAGAGAGUUAUUUGAUUUACCAAUCGAUGCCCUUUUCAUAAAUGAUAACCGGUUUUCGUCUGUGCUUCCGGAGAAUUUUGGUAACUCUCCGGCAUCUGUUGUUGUUCUGGCAAACAAUAAGUUCCAUGGGUGCAUUCCUUCGAGUAUAGGAAACAUGUCGAAUUUGAAUGAAAUUAGUUUUAUGAACAAUUUGUUUAAGUCGUGUUUGCCUGAUGAGAUUGGGUUGUUGAAGAAUCUAACUGUUUUUGAUGUUAGUGUUAAUCAGUUUGUGGGGACUUUGCCCGCGGCGAUUGGAGGUGCGGUGAGUUUGGAGCAGCUUAAUGUGGCUGAUAAUUUGUUAUGUGGUAAGAUUCCGGCGAGUAUUUGUAUGUUGCCUAAUCUGAAGAACUUUACGUUUUCGAAUAAUUUCUUUACUGGUGAACCGCCGGCGUGUUUGAGUUUGCCGGCAACGGAUGAUAAGAGGAAUUGUUUGCCGGCAAGGCCGUUUCAGAAGUCUCCGGGAGAAUGUGUGGCGUAUUUGUCUAAGAAGGUGGAUUGUAAGUCGUUUAAGUGUAAGGCAUUUGUUCCUUCUUUUCAUUCGCCAUCGUCUCCGGCUGUGUCGCCUACCUCUCCACCAGCUCUGCCGGGAGUGACACCUUCCUCCCCACCGUCAAUAGUGUCGCCGACCUCUCCACCACUUCCGGGAACGGCACAUUCUCCUCCAACCUCAAAAGUGUCACCGGUUUCUCCACCACUUCCAGGAACGGUGCAUUCCCCUCCACCGCCCACAGCAGCACUACCUUCCUCUCCACCAUCAACACACGCUUCUCCACCGGGACAUUCACACACUUCUCCACCGGGACAUUCACACACUUCUCCACCAGGGCAUUCACAUUCUUCUCCGCCGGGGCAUUCCCUACCUCCAUCUACAUCUCCAACUCCAGUGGGGUCGCCACCGUCACACACUUCAGUACCGUCGUCUCCGCCAGUAACUACACCACCAGCCCCUGCUCCUCAUUAUGACUCAUCGCCGCCACAGGCUCAUUCACCUCUACCGUCACCCCAUCCUUCCCAUUUCCUUUCACCACCACCGGGAAUGACACCUUCCUCUCCACCAACGCCAGCAGUGGCACCUUCCUCUCCACCACCAGCACACUCUUCUCCACCGGUGCAUUCACAUCCUCCAUUUACAUCUCCAACACCUCCUCGGGAAUCACCACCGUCUCCCCCACUAAAUUCACCACCACCUACAGGUUCUCAUUAUGGCCAAUCACCGCCUCUACCGCAUUCACCUCUAUCGCCCCAUCCUUCCCCUGUUCAUUCCUUGCCACCGCCACCACCACCACCACCAUCUUCUCAAUUCCCAUUCCCUUCUAUACAGCCUCCGUCACAGGCACCACCACCAUUUUGUAAAGACAAUUCACCUCCACCCCCACCAUCUUCUUCAUCUUCCACACCACAUCCAAGGGUAUAUCCAUCUCCACCUCCACCAAUUCAACAUACUCCUCCAUCACCACCACCUCAUUCCCCUGUUCAUCACACUUCGCCACCUCCACCACCUACCCCUGCAUACGGAGGACCUUUGCCACCCAUCGUCGGACUCCCAUACGCAUCGCCUCCACCACCUCCUUACUAUUGAUCCUUUUAGUAUCCUAUCUUCUCUUACCCUUUUCCUCUACAAUCGACACAAGUCAUUUAGUCACGUUUUUGUUAUUGUGACUGAGAAUCUGAGAUCCUCCUCUAUUAUACUAUUCUACUAUGUUAGAGAAGAAAGCCUCUAAGUAUUAAUUUUGUAUUGUUAUGAAUAUUCUGGUUGUGAAAUGUAAGAGUAACUUGUAGAGAAGAAGAAAAUGUAUGUAUGGGAAUGAACAAUUCAUGGCCAUGGAAACUUCUCAUUUCCAAUUUAGUAUAUGUAAUAUUAUAGUUAAUCAACAUUUCAUAUCAAUUUUAUUGAUCUUAUGCAAUCAGAUUUUGGAUC